AUGUUUGAAGUUUUCUGUAAUGCAUGUGGUGGUCUUUUACCAUUACUUGCUAGUGUAAUAUCAGCAUCACAUGAAAUUGAAAUAUUAGAAAAUACAGAAGGUUUAUCACCAUUUAACGCAAUUAAAAUAUUAAAAUGUGUUAUGAGUUUAGCAGAUUUAUUUAUUCUUGGAAAUAGUUCAAAUUUUUCUGAACUUGAACAAGAAAAAGCUAUACCAAAUGGAAGAAUGUUUAAGACAAUAUCUUCGUUUAAGUAA